GUCAUUCUUAAAAUAUUUCAUUUAUAAGCACGCAGAGUGUCUCUUCCUGGAGUGUGCCAGCACCCUUUAUUAGGGCCAGAUCCCCACACCCUCCGUCCCUGGAUACUGUAAAGUAGUGAAAAGGCACGAAGUGCGACUCAUUUUUGUUUAAUUUCGCGCAGCUCCUGUCGGCGUCGGGGCUGCUCUCCGCUCGCUUACUGUGUCAAUUUCCUCUUACAAUUUACCCCAAUUUGUCUCUCGAUCUUCGUUUUGAAUACUUCCGCCAUUUUGGUUUUAAACCUAUUUUCAUUUACAUGCAGCUGUCAUUUAUGGCUGUUUUCAGUUCAGGUGUACGCUGUAUGGUCUUGGAUAGUUUGGCUGGAAAAUGAGAAGGUGAUGGUCCUGAAAUGAAAGAAUCCAUCGAUCCUUUGAUGAUGCAGGGAGAGGAGCGGAAGAAGAGGAAGCUGACCGUGAACCUCAAGUCCCCUCCGGACGAGUACCAUCUCCGGGAGCGACCUAGAGAAGAUGAGGCAAAGGCGAGAAACAAAGUGUCCAUUUCGCACAUUAACAGUAAGAAGAGACCCUGGUCAUGGGACAGGUACCUGGACGAGGAGGGCGCGGUGGCGGCACCGGUCAGGGUCUUCACAGAGCGCCAGUCAAUUCCAUCCAAUAGGAAUGGCUUCAAGGUGGGAAUGCGUUUGGAGGGCGUCGACCCGCUCCACCCAUCCAUGUUCUGCGUGCUCUCUGUGGCAGAGGUGAUUGGCUACCGAUUACGGCUACACAUUGAUGGCUACUCCGACUGCUAUGACUUCUGGGUAAACGCAGACUCCCCUGAUAUAAGGCCUGCAGGUUGGUGCGAGACGACGGAACAUAAACUCCAUCCGCCAAAGGGUUAUAAAGAAGAUGAGUUUACCUGGACAGCGCACCAAGAGACCUGUAAAGGCCAGACUGCACCAAAGAAUUUGUUCAAGACACAUAAUAGUCAGGCGCCGGGCGGCCCGGAGGUGAAGAUGGGCAUGAAGCUGGAGGCUGUAGACCAGAAGAACCCCUGUCUGGUGUGCGUGGCCACCGUGGCUGACAUCGUGGAUGGCCGGUUCCUGGUCCACUUUGACAACUGGGACGACACGUACGACUACUGGUGUGAUGCCAGCAGCCCAUACAUCCACCCUGUGGGGUGGUGCCAGGAGCACGGGCGACCUCUCACGGCCCCUCAGGGACAUCCAAAUCCGGAAAAUUUUGUAUGGGAGGAGUACUUAGCAGACACACGUUCCUCAGCUGUUCCAAGUGAGGUUUUUUGUUUGAGGGCACCUCAUCGGUUCCAGAUGAACAUGAAGCUGGAGACGGUGGACCGGCGGAACCCCAGGCUGAUCAGGGUGGCUACCAUUGUGGACGCCGAAGACUACAGAGUGAAGGUCCACUUUGACAGCUGGCAUGAAAAGUUUGACUUCUGGGUGGACUCCGACCUGCCAGACCUGCACCCCGCCGGCUGGUGUGCCAGGACGGGCCACCCCCUGGAGCCCCCAUUCCGGCCUUCAGACCUCAAGACUUCAACCACCCAGGGAGUGUGUCCAACCCCAGGGUGCAAGGGGGUGGGCCACAUCAAGGGGGCACGAUACACAGGACACCACAGUGCCUUCGGCUGUCCAUACUCAGACAUCAACAUGAAGAAGGACGUGAUCUUACCGGAUCGCCUUGGCGGGGAGAAGCAGAUCACCUUCGUUCCCGUCCGCUUUGUGCAGAAGACCAAGAGGCUCGACCCCAGCGAGGAAAACCAGGACGAGGAGGCCGACGGCGGCCAAGUGGAGAGCAGGCUUGCACCGUCAACAAGAUAUCUCAAAAUCAAAGAGGAAGAGGAGGAGGAAGAGGAGAUUGACUUGCACGCCGUAUUCAAAGCUGAGCGAGACCCUGACAGCAUGGAGCAGGCCCUGCACCAGUCCGUCUUCCUGUCAGCGAUGUCGCCACACCCCGGCCGCGAGCUGCCCCUCUGCUGGGAGCAGCACUGCAAACUCCUGCCUGGGGUGGUGGGAGUUCCAGCCAGCAGCGUGGCCCAGUGGACCGUGGAGGAGGUGUCCGAGUUCAUCCAAUCGCUGCCCGGCUGUGAGGAGCAAGCCAAGCAGUUUAAGCAGGAGCAAAUAGACGGGAAAGCCUUUUUACUGCUGACACAACGUGACAUUGUGAAAAUCAUGGGAAUGAAACUGGGGCCGGCUUUGAAGAUCUACAACUCCAUCCUGAUGUUCAAGCACGCUGAGGACACCCGGCCAGCAGGGGGCGACGCCGACAUUGACACCUGAAGCCAAAGUGACUCCACCGUGCACGCACACCUCUCCGAAUCCGAGAGCAGCGGCACACAGAUUGAGGUGGAAAUAAAACAAUAAACACCUGGUUUAUACUAAAUUAUUUACGUGAUUGUCCCGGUGGCCUUUUUCACCACGACAUGGCCUCUAAGCCGAGGUUUUGCCUUCGCAGCAGAAUAUUUGAGUGCAGCUCCAGAGCACAUGUGUUUGUUUAUAUGUUUAUAGAUUUUUGCUUGCUGUAAUGUUCCACAAUAGGCUGCAGAACUGACAAUCGCCAUGUGUAGGGAUGGAAUCUCACUGAGGCUGUUAUCUGCUGGGUCACAAUGGUGCUACCAUCAUUCCUAAAUAUAAACGGGAGACCAGAUUGACUUCUCAUGCAUCGUCUUCUUUUACCUACUGAAUCCAAUCCAGAAGCAACCUGCUAAUUUUGCGGACUUUUAUUUAAUUACAUUUUGUUCAAAUGCUAUAUAAUUUCACUGUACCAAACUACUGAUUCAUUCAUAUUUAUUGUGAGCUCUUUGCAAGUAUUUGCAAGUGAAGGAAUUUAAUAUAUUGUGUACCUCUGGAACAUCAAAAGAGUUUAAGUUGUUACAGAUUUUAUUUAAUAUUCUAUUACACAUUUCAGAGUUUUUAACAGGGAAUUGGAUAGUUAGAAACAAUAGUUGUGUAGGAAUAUAAUACUUAGUUCUUAAAAAGCAGUACUUUAUAUCUUUUCAGUAGCUAAAGCAUCAUAUUGACUGAUGGUUUCAUUGCAGACAGUCUAUAUUUUCCCUUUUAUUACAUCCUGGCAUGCAGAAGUUCUUUUGUUCCAUGGGGAUUUAGGCAGAUGUACGAACAGGUAUGACAGCAAACAUACUUCAGGAAAUUAAUGAACUGGUUACAGCUCAUUUCAGCCUUGCCUUUUUUAAAAAACAAAAGAACCUAUGAAAACACAAAACUUGUAGUUUGUCGUUUAUAGCCAAGUAAGAUACAAAAAUAAAUAAAUCUAUAUUUGCUAUGUAUUGUAAGAAAUGGUGCAACGCCGAGGACUGGAGCACUCGCUCUUCGCGGUAACCCACUGGAUUUUGGUAGCUUAAUCAACAGGACAGCAACAAACCUUCAGGAAUGUGAAUCUGUUUAAUGUCAAAGAUCUUUUCCAGAGGUCUUCUAUCUAAACAUUUAGAGUAUUCAGAUAUAUAUAUAUUUUUUUCUUUCCGUGCUUUUACUUCUGUGUUCAGAGAACGAAUUCUCUGUUUUCCUUAGUGCAUGACAUGUACCAGAGUAAGCAGGCAUAAGCUCUGGCCACUGGAAGUGACAGUCUUAUCAUAAAGUUUACUAUACCUGUUUGUAAUGUACUGUACAUGUUUAUUGUACUACGUUCUUAACUUUGAAUUUCCACUUUAUACAAUAAAAAGACUAUCAAACCUCA